AUGCCCGCCAGCAGUCCAACCAACUCCAUCUCGUCCAAAAAGCGAAGGACGACUCGGAAGACGUGCGCGCCAUGCAAGGCCAAAGCCCGCACAUGCUCAGCAUCGCUGCCUUGCCAAGAAUGCGUGGCAGCCGGUGAGGCAACUAGCUGUCACUAUCGAGGUGGGCUGCGGCUGAACGCCUUGAAGCGUCCCGAUGAUGCACGUGUAGCCGGCUCGAGCAGAGGUUUGAAGGCGACUCGCCUCAUCGCCCCUUCGCCAUCGCCGGCGCGGUUUCUGACGAGUCCCGCGAGCGUUGAAGCCUCUUCGCGGCAACUGCGGGUGCCAGACCGCCCCGACAAUUCAUCGCCGGCAAACAGCGUGACCGGCUCGGCUGGUUCGGGGCAGGUACCCGCCGGAUGGGAGCCACUUCAACAGACCGCCGAUCCUACCCACCUAUUCCUGCCCAGUCCCCUGGAUACCCUCGCUCGAAUUGCACAGGAAGCUGCACUGCAGAAGUCACAGAGCAUCGGAAGCUUGGCAUCAUGGUCAAACAACGCGAACCCAUGCGAAAGAGGUUACGGAUCAACAAACCCUUCUCCUACUCACCUGCGCACGUCUGACCAAGUCGGGAAAACGGCGAACGACGAUCCCGGUGCUCGAGAGCAGCCAGCUCCUGUCGUUCUUCCCUUUUUCCGAUACUUUGGCAACACGGCGAUAGCUCCGGGGCCACGGUGCGUCGAGGUGGAGGUGAGAGACGAGCAGACGACUCUGAUGAAUCACCAUCACGUCUCGAUUCCAGAAACGAGCCAGAGCGAGCCUUCAGAUACGCUGAGAGAGCUCCGAGCUCCAGCGGCGAGAGAAGCGACGGGGAACAAAGCGAGCCAGGAGCCUUUCACGGGGCUCUUCGACGACACGAAUCCAUCGCUGCCGUCCAGAACCAUCUUGGCACGCCUGAUACGCGUCUUCUUCCAGACCAUGUCUUGCCAUCUCCCUUUCCUGUCGGAGGAGAGAAUCAUGGCCGAGCUCGAGCAAGGCCAGCUCGAACCGCUGGAGGCGAAUUGCAUUGCUGCUCUCGCCUGUCGCUUCGGUGACGAUCCGGGAUCGAGGUCGCAGCUGUUUGGCGCUCGGCUAGAGACGCCCAAAUCGAGAAGGCACGCUGCGUCAUAUGCCGGGGCCACUCCGAGUGUGGCUCGGUAUGUGCGGGCAGAGCCCUUUGCGGAGAAGGCGAAGGAGCUGAUUUAUCCGAUGUUUGCACUGCCAUCGCUAAAGGUGUGCCAGGCGUUGGUGAUGAUCACGUGGAUCGAGUGGGGAAGCGACCGCGAUUCGAGCGCGUGGCUCUGGAGUGGACUGGCCAUUCGGAUGAGCCAAGACAUGGGGCUUUCGUACUGGGACUCGCUCGAUUCGAUCUCGGACGGCGAGACGAGACGAGUGCACCGGCUGACCUUCUGGGCCGUCUACUUUCUGGAUCGCGUCAUCUCGUACGGAGCUGGACGGAGGGUGACGAUCGCGCGAGCCGAUAUCGAGAUUGAUCCCCCGACGAGCGCAGAGUGCCAUGGCUGCCGUCGCGAGCCUGCGAGGAGGGGCGUGAGCCACCCUUGGCCUCAUCUCAUCCGGCUGCUUGGCCUUCGAGGUGACAUUAGCGACCAGCUCAACAGCCGCUCGGCUUCGAAGCCGGCCGACUGGGCCGGAGGCGGGAAGGAAGCGCUGCACGACUUUUUCCGCUCGCUGCCGAUGGACGUGCGAUUCAACGUGUCGAAUCUGCGCAGCCAUUCGCUCAACGACGCGGCACCGGUGCUGGUGAUGAUGCACUGUCUCUUCCACUCGCUCGUGUGCGUAUUGCAUCGACCAAGUCUGGUGCAGACGAAAGGCGACUGGACUGAAGACAGGGAGUUUGCCGAGGCAUUUCAGUCGGCCGCAUCGCGCUUUCCGGCGGAGUGUGCGUCGUCGGCGCGCUCCAUCACCGACAUGCUAUCUUUUUCAGGCUUGGUGGACGAGCGGACGAUCGUGUGCAACCCGUACAUGGAUCACGCCAUGUUCAUCGGGGCUAUCGCGAUGGUCGACGAGCUGCGACAAGUGAUGCAUGCGAACGGACGGCGGAAUCGAGCAGUGGCGGGUGAGGCGGGUGCAAGCGCCACUGGAUGCGAUGCUAGCGACGGGGUCGAGGCUCGCUUUGCCGAGGAGACGCUGAGGGAGAAGAUUGUGAUGAUGCGGGAGGCACUCGAGACGCUAUCGCGGUUCUGGGGAGGGAUCCGAUGGGUGUGCGGAUGGCUGGACGAACGAAGCCGGGCUCUGCAGCCGCGUGCCGAGGCGGAGGCGAGCGGAAGCAAAGCCACGUACCAAGCGGCUCCGGCCAAGGUAAAGGCGGAUAUGAUGCGCUUUUUAGCGCGGCUGCGUGCAGCCAAGCGAAGCGCGCCAUUGGAGCGGGUCGUGCAGGACGCUGUCUCGGGUUCGGCGAGUGCUGCCAAGCUCGCAAGUGUUCCGAUCGCGAUCGGCUCGCCGCGGAGCAGGCUGGAGGGGGUGGGGCUGUCCGAUCCCUCUCAAUCAGUUCAAAGCGGCGAGGCAGGAGAAACAUGCGAAGGUGGCGACGCGUUGCGUGCGGCUACGGCGCCAGCCGGCGUGGUGCAGUUGGGCGCGAGCGAACCGCCAUUUGGCGACGGGUGGGACUCGCUUGAAGCAUUGUUGGGCGAGCAGGGGCUGGUGUUCGACGGCAUCUGUGACUUUGAGACGGCCUGGGACGAGAUGGGCGAUUCGAGCGGCAUGCUGAAUUGCGGCUAA